GACAAUGAUUGACUGAUGAGCAAUAUCUUUGUUUGUCUGUCAAGAAGUGAUCGAUAAAGGUAGAAAGGUGACAGGUCCUCGGCGCGCGCUGGUCGUCUGUGCCUCGACAUGGCAGCAUACAGAACAGCGGUUGUCCUCUGCUCACUCCUGUCUGCAGUGUCCGCCAGUGGUUUAGAGGCAUACAUCAAGACAGAGGGGGCCUGGAUUUUUUCACUGGUGAAAAAUGAAUAUUCUGUAAAAACUGCUCUUGACUGUGCACUGAAGUGUGUUGAUGAAUCAGACUUUACUUGUAGGUCAUUUAUGUAUAUUGAGAAGGACCAAGAAUGUAUAACACUGCCCGCAAAUUCCAAAAUGGAACUAAUUUUGCGCAGAAUGAACAUAGUGUUAUACGAAAGAAAAGAAUAUUUGGCCGAGUGCAAAAAUGGUGUCGGAUCAGAUUACAGAGGGACGAUUUCCAAAACAGUGUCUGGAAAAACCUGCCAGAAAUGGGAGUCGAAUUACCCACAUAAACCUAACAUUACACCGACAACACACCCGAACUCCAACCUGGAGUACAACUUCUGCAGAAACCCCGAUGGAGACAGCACUGGUCCUUGGUGCUACACGAUGGACCCAGACACGCGAUGGGAGCACUGCAACAUCAGAGACUGCAGUGAGGAAUGCAUGCACUGCAGUGGAGAGGAUUACCGAGGGAAGACCUCUACGACUGAGAACGGCUAUACCUGCCAACGCUGGGAUUCCCAGAAGCCUAAUGCUCAUGGAUACAUUCCUGAAGUCAUACCUGAGAAGUUCUUGGAGGAGAAUUACUGCAGGAACCCAGAUGGAGAACCACGCCCCUGGUGUUUCACCACCAGCGCCUCCAAGCGCUGGGACUACUGCAGCAUCCCUCGCUGUGGCACCGCUCCACCCAAAAUAGUAGAGGAGCUUACCUGUGCCACAGGGGACGGAACUGCUUACAGGGGAAACGUUGCUGUGACUGAGUCUGGGAAAACCUGCCAGAUAUGGGACAGUCAGACACCCCACAAACAUUCCAGGACCCCGGAGAACUACCCCUGCAAGGGCCUGACACUGAACCACUGCAGAAACCCUGACAACGAGAGAAUGCCAUGGUGCUACACCACAGACCCGAAUACCCGGUGGGAGUACUGCAAGGUCCCCAGCUGCGGAGAUGGGCCCAGUCCAAUUGAGCCAGUCAUCGCCCCGGAAUCAGACUGUUACGAGGGCAAUGGGACUACCUACCGCGGAGUCACGUCCGAAACCAUCAGUGGGAAGAAAUGCCAAUUCUGGACCUCCAUGCAACCCCAUACCCACAAAAAGACCCCGCAGAACUACCCGAAUGCGGACCUGAGGAGAAACUACUGCCGCAACCCAGAUGGGGAUCGUGCCCCCUGGUGCUACACCACUGACCCCUCUGUGAGGUGGGAGUUCUGCAAGGUGCAGAAGUGUGAAGAGGAGCCCGUGGUGGUCGUGCAGGAGUUCGGAGCAGACAUACCCCAAAUGGCACAGCCCACACAGGCUACCCAGAGAUUGCCGGCGGCCGAGGAAGACUGCAAGGAUGGCAAUGGACAAAGUUAUAGGGGCCCUGCGUCUACCACCAUGAUGGGAGUGACGUGCCAAGCCUGGAGUUCCAUGACCCCCCAUCAGCAUGCCAGCUUCACCCCAGAGACACACCCAGACAAAGGCCUAGAAUCCAACCAAUGCAGAAACCCCGAUAACGAUGUAAAUGGACCUUGGUGCUACACGACGGACCCGAACAAAAAGUGGGAUUACUGCAACAUUCCAAAUUGUGCUAGUGAAAAAUGCGGACAACCAAAGGUAAAACCAAGAAGGUGCUUCGGCAGAAUCGUCGGUGGAUGCAAGUCCACGCCCCACUCCUGGCCCUGGCAAAUCAGCCUCCGUACCAGCACUGGCCUGCAUUUCUGUGGAGGGACCCUCAUCAAGCCUCAGUGGGUCGUUACAGCUGCUCACUGCCUGGAACGGUCAAAGAAUCCUAGUGCCUACAAAGUGUACCUUGGAAUCCACACAGAAAGAGCAACAGAGCCUUCCAAGCAGGUGCUAAACCUGGAGAAGCUGAUCUUGGGCCCUCCGGGGACUGACAUCGCGCUGCUCAAGUUAGAGAGGCCUGCUAUCAUCAAUGAUCAGGUGCAGACAGUUUGCCUGCCAGAAAAAGACUACAUCGUACCAAGUAACACAGAAUGUUAUGUGACAGGCUGGGGUGAGACGCAAGGGACGGGAGGAGAGGGCAUCCUGAAGGAGACCGGGUUCCCGGUUAUCGAAAACAAAGUGUGCAACCGCCCCGCAUACCUCGCUGGCAGGGUCAAGGACCACGAGAUGUGUGCAGGAAACAUCGAGGGGGGAACGGAUAGCUGUCAGGGAGACAGUGGGGGUCCUCUUGUAUGCUACAGCAAAGACUCAUUCGUCCUGCAGGGAGUUACCUCCUGGGGAUUGGGCUGCGCAAAUCCAAUGAAGCCUGGGGUUUACACCAGAGUCUCAAAAUUCGUUACCUGGAUUGAAGAUACGACCAAGAAGAACUGAAUAAUCUCUCAGGAAGGAACUGCAGACUGAGCGAAGCAGAUUUUAUGCUUUUUAUGUUUUAUGGAAAGUUUUGAAUUAGUAAAACGGAAGGUGAAUCAUUGUACCCGGUAGUGCAUACUUUUAAGUUUUCAGCAUGCCAAUUCUGUUUUGUUAAUGAAUAAAUCAAGGAACUCAUUGACUGGAGUAUCACUGACUUGCAAGUUACUUUUUGAUAAAAGUCCAUCAAAUAGUUGCAACUAAGAAUUUCCUUGUGAGUCUCUGUCACUACAGCAGUUCUGCACUGGAGGUGGUGAAAAACAGAUUUUCAUUUUGGAAUGCAGAGGUCAUAGAACACUUGCUUCAGAGUUAAUUUUCUGUGCUUGUCAUUUUGCCUUUCAUUAUGCUGUAUAUGAUUUAGGAAUGUCUCUGCACACCUGGCCGACAGUAAACUGUACGAAUUUUAUAGCUCUGCCUUUACAUAGCCAUCAUUAUUAUACAAAAAAAAUGAUGCUGUUACAUAGAGAUCAGAAUAUUAAAAACGUGUUGUGUAAGCCAUGAAUGUGAAACUGUCAGAUAAUUUCAAUAAUUACUUGAUCCAGACUAAAAUAAGCUGUGAAAAGACAACUUUGCAUCAAUUGUACCUUCAUAAAACAUUUAUAAUGCCUUUAUAGAAUAUUCAUAAGCAGGCUUAACAUACAAUAAUAAACAUUGUACGAUUAUGCUUGUUAUUAUAUAAUGUUUGUUAUUAAUGUGUAUUAAAGUUGAAGGUGCACUAAA